AUCACUCGCCCUCUCUCUCCUUCCCGCCGAUCCUCUCUCUCUGCAAGCCUCCCUCCACACAGAAACACGAAAAUCGCAGAAGAACAAUGGUGUCUCAGCACGGCAUCAAGCUCGCCGUUUACCUCAUCUCCUCUUACUUUGGCGAUCUCGUAGCUAAAGUGUGUGAGUGUCUUCUCCGCAGAGGAACCCUGCCCCUUGGAAGCAUCGUACUAUACACAGAGCUCAACAAGCUUCAAGUCACAAACUGCCUGCUUGUUUUAAUCCAACAUAAUUGCGUCCAAGCCUUUGCAAUCGAACAACAGGGCGGCUUUGGAGCGGCACCUAAGGUUGUAACUCAGUACAUGGCGUUGUUUGACAACAUAAUCCACCAUAUGAGGUUUCCUAAAUUUUUGGAAAUUGUGUCUCAAGAAUUUGGUAAAGAAUGCCUACAAAUCCUUGAAGGCUUACUCAUGCAUGGUAGGCUUUCACUUAAUCAGAUUUUGGAUAGGCAUAAGGACACAUCAAAUGAAAGAGAAGGAAAUUGUUCUUCUAAGGAUGCUGUGGAAAUUUCUUUCAAUAGACUUGUGCAUGCCCGAUAUGUGGAACGCUGUCCAGCGCAUGAGCCAUUCCUUGCCCCUCCUGAAGAAGAAACUGGCGUGAAGAAAAAAGGUUCUAAGUCUGCUAAGGUGACUGAGGAAUUGACCAUGGAGCAACAUGCUUUAGCAGCAGCAGCCCCUAUGGAGGCUUUAAGAUUUUUAGUGGAAACGUAUGCUGAGACUGAUGAUAAUGAACAAGAGAGUGAGGAAAAACUCCCUAGCGUGGCCGUUGGGGAGAAGCGCAAGCAUAUUGAUUCCAAGUUGGAUACAGAAGCCGGGACUAAGAAGAGAAAGAAAGAAAUUCUUUGGCGUGCUAAUUUUGAAGAAUUUGUGAGAUGCCUUAGGAAUAAGGCUUGCAUUGCAAAUGUAAGAACACGGUUUGAUGAUGGGGCAGCCAUUGUUCUGAAUGCAAUUUUGGAGGCAACUAAACGUUCAGACACGAAAGCGAAAAUAGAAAAAUCUGUUCCUCUGUCUGUGAAUAGUAUUUUUGAAGAGGUCAUGAAGAGUGAAGAUGGUCGUACAAUGACGUUAGAACACGUGAGAGUUGCCCUCAUAGAAUUGGGUUGUCAUCUUCCUUCAAUAAGCCUAGAUGAAACAUAUAGCAUUGAUCUGAAGCACAUAAUUGAACUAGCUCAAAAUGAGGAGGUGGAAUCAAUUGUGUUGAAGAGAUACGGCAGGGAAGCUUAUAGGAUGUUCAGGCUACUAUCAAAGGCUGGUCAUCUUCUCGAGACGGAUAAGAUUUCAGAUACCACUUUUGUUGAAAAGAAAAAUACAGCAAAAAUUCUGUUUAAGCUCUGGAAAGAUGAUUAUUUACAUUUGGAGAAAAUAGUAGCAACUGGAAGUAGACAGACACAAUUCUUUUUGUGGAAAGUUAAUAAGCAAUCUCUUUGGGGACAUGCAUUAGAUGAGAUGUACCACGCUGCCUUAAAUUUGAGAAUACGAAAUGCUGUAGAGCAAGAGCAAGGAAAAGAGAUCCUUGUCGGUGACUUGCAGAAAAAAUCCGCGCGACUGAGAAAAAUCAGGAUUGUGUUAGAAUCUUCCCUUAUGAAGCUCGACGAUGCUAUCAUGCUCUUCCAUGACUUCUAAAGUAAGACCUAGACCGCUCCGUCUUUUUUUUUUUUUUGGUAUGGAAUUAGUUUUCGGGUGUAUAUGGAAGUUGGAUUUGUGAAGUAAUUCGUCAAGGGAAAAGAAGAAACGGCUUUUCUUUCCUGUUUAGUAAAGUCUUGCUUUUUUAUUUUGAUGGGAGUAGGUAAUGCAAUAUUAAGGAAUUUCACUGCAUCAUCUUUCCCGUUAUGUGAUGAAAUGAAUCCCAUUUUCUUUUCAAAAAUGCUACUUGCACAACCGUUGUGUUAGUUGUGUAUAGCACUUUUGCUUUCUUUUC